UAUCCUCUAAACUGCCCACUUAAAACUAAAACCAUUUCAGUUAACACCGUUUCGGUACUUCCCGGUCACCGGAGUCACGGUUUCCGAUCUCUACUCCGUCAUAGGUUAUUGAAAUUACAGCUGAGAGAUAGGAUGUCUGCCACACAAGAUGUGAUAUUAGGUCGGCCGAAGGCAGAAUGGACUCCAACUCGUGAUGCAUAUCUGGUUGAGCUUUUCAUCGAUCAACAUAAUUGUGGAAGAACUGCUUACAAUGAGUUUAAAAAUGAAAUGAUUAGAUCUGUCACCCGAGAUUUUAACAAGAGGUUUAGCAUGAAUUUAGAGGAAAGCCAAGUUAAAAACCGCUACAAUGUGAUGAAGAAAGAUUAUGGUGUUGUGAAAACCUUGCUGACUCAUACUGGAUUUGGCUGGGAUGAAAGUCGGCAAAUGGUCGUGGCUGAUGAUAAAGUUUGGGACAGCUACAUUGCAGUGAAAUGUGAAGCCAGACCUUUUAGACGAAAGAGCUUUCCACUGUACAAACAGAUGUCCAUCAUAUUUGAAGGAGAAAGAGUUGCUGGCAAAUUUCAGUUACCGAAUGGAGUUCCCGUUGAAAUCGAAGAGGGAAAUAGCAACACUGAAACAGUGCAGUCAUCGGAACCUGCCAACCUGCCUACUCAUCUAGUUGAUGGCACUCUCGAUUCUGAUUCAACAGUCCGUGUCAAUGACAGACACCUUAAGAAGCGAAAAUCUAUCGGUCCAUCGGCAUCAGGUCAUAAGAAAAGGGCAUGCGAGAACAUUGGAGAGACAUUAGAGAAUGCAUUAUAUGAAAUGUUCUCUGCAUUUACAUUCAAAGCCAUACAAAGGAAUGCAUCAAACGAGAAAGCCAUGUAUCAGAAAUGCCUGGAGGAGCUGCAGAAAUUGGACGAGUUUGGUGAUACAGAAUUUGUAAAGGCAGUUAAUGUUCUCAGAGAUGAUAAGAACGCAAUUGCUUUCAUGACAAUCAAAGGGCCUAGACGUUUGAUGUGGCUAAGGUCUCUAUGGCAGUGACCGCAGUUCAUAUUCCACAGGAUAGGAAACCUCUUAUGAUCUAUAACACACAGAUUGUUCUAGUGUUUCUGUAGUUUGUAGAUGCUACUCUCAGUACCCGGCUAGUGUUUGUUCUUUUCGAGUCUGGUGUGACUUUCUUGUUUAAUGCAUGGUUAAAUGUGUGACCUAACUACUUUGCAAAAAUUAUUGCGGUCCAUAUGAAUCAAUUUUUCACUGUUGUAUUAUCUAUUUAUUUUAUAUUUUGUAUAAUGUAUAUGAAUCAAAACAAUCUGAUUGGCUAA